CCACAAUGCAUUGCAAUUUUGUCAAUAACAUUUUAUGCUAGCCAGCUAACUAACUAGCACACAGAGCUAUCACCUAGCUUUUACUUCAUUCAUUCUACAUUAUUGCUCUUCAGUUGCUCGUGAAGAAGAGAACAAGUAUACUGCUGUAUCCUGACACCUGCACUCGAUUUAAAAACAUUACUUCAGUGCCCAAGGCAAUAUCCAGCCAGCGAGGCACUACCACUAUGGACCAAGAGUAUCAGCGUCGCCUGCUUCGCCAGAUCAACAUUCAGAACGAAAACACCAGCCCCAUUAAGGUGACAGAGGUGAUGCGCAACCUGACGCUGAACAAGUCCCCAAUGUCCUCUCCCAGUAAGCAUGGUGACAGGUUCAUCCCGUCCCGUGCAGGGGCCAACUGGAGCAUCAACUUCCACAGGAUCAAUGAGAAUGAGAAAUCACCAACUCAGAAUAGAAAAACAAAGGAUGCGACAUCUGAUAGCAGCAAAGUGGAUGGGCUGGCCUACUCUGCUUUGCUGAAAAAUGAGCUGCUCGGAGCAGGCAUCGACAAAGUUCAGGACCCCCAGACAGAGGACAGACGGUUGCAGCCCUCCAUGCCGGAAAAUAGGAGUCUCUUCAGUUACUCUCUCAGUGCUAAGAGCACAACAGAUGAGGACAAUGGCAUCUCUCCCUACUCAUUGUCACCUGUCAGUAGCAAAAGUCAGAAAUUGCUACGGUCACCCAGGAAGCAGACUCGUAAAAUCUCAAAGAUCCCAUUCAAGGUCUUGGAUGCUCCAGAACUACAGGAUGACUUCUACCUCAACCUUGUGGACUGGUCUGCUUUAAAUGUGCUGAGCGUUGGCUUAGGUACAUGCGUCUAUCUCUGGAGUGCCUGCACCAGCCAGGUGACUCGUCUGUGUGACUUAUCAGUGGAGGGAAAUUCUGUUACGUCCGUGGGCUGGUCAGAGAGAGGUAAUCAUGUGGCGGUGGGGACUCACAAAGGCUACGUACAGAUCUGGGAUGCAGCAGCUGGCAAAAAGCUCUUUACACUAGAGGGUCACACUGCUAGAGUUGGUGCACUUGCAUGGAACGCAGACCAGUUGUCAUCAGGUAGUCGAGACCGUAUGAUCCUGCAGAGGGACAUUCGCACACCACCUCUCCAGUCUGAACGCCGGUUGCAGGGUCACCGGCAGGAAGUGUGUGGUCUGAAGUGGAGUACAGACCACCAGCUGCUUGCCUCUGGGGGCAACGACAAUAAGCUGCUUGUGUGGAACCACUCCAGUACGGCACCAGUGCAGCAGUACAUGGAUCACCUAGCUGCAGUCAAAGCCAUCGCCUGGUCCCCCCACCAGCACGGGCUGCUGGCGUCUGGGGGAGGAACGGCUGACCGCUGCAUUCGCUUCUGGAACACGCUCACUGCACAGCCACUGCAGUGCAUGGACACAGGCUCGCAGGUCUGCAACCUGGCAUGGUCGAAACAUGCCAAUGAACUGGUCAGCACACAUGGUUACUCUCAGAAUCAGAUCCUGGUGUGGAAAUAUCCUGCACUCACUCAAGUAGCCAAGCUUACCGGACACUCGUACAGGGUGCUCUACCUGGCAAUGUCUCCUGAUGGUGAGGCCAUCGUCACAGGGGCUGGUGAUGAAACGCUACGCUUCUGGAAUCUCUUCAGUAAAACACGGUCAACAAAGGAAUCUGUGUCAGUUUUAAACCUCUUUACCAGGAUAAGAUAACGGCAACGCAGGAAUAGACUUUAAUGAUGGAGUGCCUUGAAUUCAUCACAACAUUCAUCAACACAAUGCAAAAUAAUGACCCAACAUGGACACGACAUCUUGUCAUGGAAGAGGAAAGAACUGUUUUACUUUAUUAAUACUUUGCUCAGAAAGAAGUGAAACUGGACCAUUUUCAGAUAGAAAAUAAUUAGUCCUCAAUGUUUUUAUUAGAUUGUUGUUCUAUUCAUGUACACUUCAAUUUACAGUUAUGCUUUUUCUGUUGGCUUUUUUGUAUUCCAUGUCUAUGUUGAAAGUAUGUGUUAAAGGAGCCUUAAAGUACAAUGUAGAGAAAUUGAUCUACAAUUUGAGUUGGUGUUAUACUCAGGUCUUAUUUUUUUGCCAUUUGAAAUGAUAUAUUUGAAUGUUAUAUAGACUGGGGCAAGUUGUAUAAUGUAAUGGGACAAUCAUGGCAAUCCAUGGCAGUUGUUUUAAGAAAAACAUUUAACUUUUGGAAUGAAAAAAUUGCCAUUAAAUGUGUCAACGCACUACAUUGAAUAUAGUAGGGUGGAGUAAACAAAACAGUAAAAUGUGAAGUGGGCAGUUAAAUUGCUCGAACUCUAGAACAAGAUAUAACAAGAGUAUUGCAAAAGAAAUGUCUGGUGUUUUCCUUUCCACACACAGGUGCUCAUACAUUACAUUUUCUGUGAUUUUUAAAUACACUGAACAAAAAUAUAAACGCAACAAUUUCAAAGACUUUACUGAGUUACAGUUCAUAAGGCAAUAAGUUAAUUUAAAUAAAUGCAUUAUUCCCUAAUCUAUGGAUUUCACAUGACUGUGAAUAAAGAAUUGCAUCUGUUGGUGACCGAUACCUU